UCUUCCGCUCUUGGCAGGAUGGGUGAGGAGCUGCCAGGUGGGCUGCUCUUCCAAGACCAAGACUUCUCCUCUGAACUGUUGAGGCAGCUCAACGGCCUGAGACAAAACAGGAUCCUGACUGAUGUGAGCAUCUGCGCCGGGGCCCAGGAGGUCCCCUGCCACCGAAACGUGCUGGCCUCCAGCAGCCCCUACUUCAGGGCCAUGUUCUGCAGCAACUUCCGGGAGAGCAGCGAGGCCAAAGUCCAGCUGAAAGGCAUCGAGUCCACGGCUCUGGACCAGAUCGUCCUGUACGUGUACACCGGGGAGGCACACAUCACGGCGGAGAACGUUCUGCCUUUGAUCGAGGCUGCCUCCAUGCUGCAGUACCCCAAGCUCUUCGAGGCUUGCUCCUCCUACCUCCAGAGCCAGCUGACCCCCAGCAACUGCCUGGGCAUGAUCAGACUCUCUGAGAUCUUAAGUUGCGAGACCCUCAGAAAGAAAGCCAGGGAGGUGGCCCUGACACGUUUUCCAGAGGUGGCCACGUCGGCAGACCUGAAGGAGCUCUGUGCUUUGGAGCUGAGAGACUACCUGGGGGAUGACGGGCUCUGUGGGGAGGAGGAAAAGGUGUUUGAGGCCCUCAUGGUUUGGGUCAAGCAUGACGUCCAGGCCCGGAGACGACACAUGCAGGACCUGCUCAGGCUGGUCAGGCUCCCGCACGUGCACCCGGCCUUCUUCCAGCAUUUCAUCGCCGGCGACGCGCUCCUUCGGGCCUCGCCCGCGUGCCAGCUCAUCCUGGAGGCGGCCCAGAGGCAGAUGUUUUCUUUGCAGGGCACCCCCAGUGCCCCAGACUGCCAACCACCAUGGCAUGUGCCCCCAAGAAGCUCCUACCGAGACUUCCUCAUCCUCUUGGGGGGAAGGAAGGACAGCCAGCAGACCACCAGAGACGUUCUGCUGUAUGACAGACAGACUGGCCAGUGGCAGAGCCUGGCCAAGCUUCCGACCCGGCUGUACAAGGCCACAGCCGUCUCCUUGCACCGUAGCGUCUACGUGCUGGGCGGCAUGGUCGUGGGCACAGAGAAGGGGGUGCCCAGUCACGACACCUACAUCUUCUCCCUGAAACUCAACCAGUGGAGGCUGGGGCAGCCCAUGCUGGUGGCCCGUUACUCCCACAGAAGCACUGCCCACAAGAACUUCAUCUUCUCCAUUGGGGGGAUCGGAGAAGGGCAGGAGGUCAUGGGCUCCAUGGAGAGAUACGACAGCAUCCGUGACGUCUGGGAGAGUAUGGCCAGCAUGCCAGUGGGGGUUCUCCACCCUGCAGUCGCCGUGAAAGACCAAAGACUCUACCUCUUUGGGGGAGAGGACAUCAUGCAGAACCCUGUGCGCCUUAUCCAGGUGUAUCACAUUUCCAGAAACACGUGGUUCAAAAUGGAGACGAGAAUGAUCAAGAACGUGUGUGCCCCUGCGGUGGUGCUGGGGGAGCGGAUUGUCAUCGUGGGAGGUUACACCAGGAGGAUCCUAGCUUAUGACCCUCAGUCCAACAAAUUUGUCAAAUGUGCGGACAUGAGAGACCGGAGGAUGCACCACGGGGCCACGGUGAUGGGGAACAAGCUCUAUGUGACAGGCGGGCGGCGGCUGACCACAGACUGCAACAUCGAGGACUUGGCCUCCUUUGACUGCUACGACCCUGAGACGGACACCUGGACGUCACAGGGACAGCUGCCUCACAAACUCUUUGACCACGCCUGCCUCACUCUCCAGUGCAUACCCCACGCCUCCAACUUCCCACGAGCUUAAGGAGAAUCCGAGAGGCCACCGCUUAGUCAAGAUGCUCUUGCUGCAAGAGACAGAA